UUAUUUUAUCAUAUUCUCAUUCUUCUGCUAUUUUUCAUUGUGUAAAAGUAUUUUGUCUUUCGGACCGAUGGAGACGACCCUGAGGAGGGUGAGGAGAAGGCAGAGAAUUAGUGAUUCCUUGAUCGUUACAAAUAAUUCUAUCUCAGCAUCAGAAGCCAAAGAAGUUGGUUUUAACGACAUGAUGAACAAUUUCGUGCUAGGAAAAGGGAGGCGUAGAAGAAUCGUCAUUGCUCGCAAUGAAAUUAAAUCAGACAAAAGCUGGUCUGUUGGCAUUGGCAAUUUGUUCAACAACUACUGCAACUUGUCGGUCGUAAUAUUUCUUCUUCUUCUUGUUGUUGCUGCACUUAUUCUGUUGGGAUUCUGCACACAACGGGAAACAAGACCUACAACGUUGUUAACUCAAGGUGAAAUGUCUAGAUUGACAAUUAUGAUUAAGUAUGAUGGGAGGUGGGUUAACUCAAUGUACGAAAAUUGCAAAACUAAAAGAGUACUCGUUUCAGAUAAAAUUACAUUGGAGGAGCUUCAGAAGAAAGUGUACAACAUUGUGAAUGUGGACCCAAAUGAGUAUGAGAUAACUAUGAAAGUUAUAUAUGAAGUAAUGAAAACUGAAUUGCCAAUAGAGAUAGCCGAUGAUGAUGAUGUGAGAGCUUUUAUUUUUGAAAGUCUUUCAAGUUCCUACAAGAUUCCAUUGUGCAUUACAUUGAAGGGUAAAGUAAGCAAUCAACAAGCUCCAUCGAUUGACGUUAGCUGAGAUUGCAAUGAAAUGGACUAAAGUUUUGAGAACUGGCGCUCUUGGGGUGAGAUUCAUGGGUGUUGAUCUAAACACAAUCAUGUUCAACAUGGAACGAGGCCAAGACACGACAGAGGCAUGUUAAUAGCUGACCUGCCUCGUCAUCAAUAA